AAUCGCCCAUUGCAACCAAUGAAAAUGAAAUGGACAGCUCCAACUCCAAUGACCGAUAAACAAUUGAAGCAAAAACGGCAAGAAUUUUGGGAAACAGCGCCGGUAUAUGAAGGACGCCGAGAGAUUUGGAAUGCGCUACAAGCCGCUACUCAAACAGACGAUUUACAAUUAGCCCAGGCGAUCAUUGAUAGUGCCAAUGUUAUCCUUCCUACAGGCUCCUUAGCCAGUGCUUACGAUGAAUUGGGCAAUCAUUAUGUUUUACCGGAGUACUGUCUUAGCGAGCCAACUAACCUGAUCAGCAAUAACGGUAGUGACGAGGAAGACUCCAAUCAUCUCAUUCCGGAGAAGCAAGAUCAAAAUAUCGACGAUAUUGAUGAUAAAUUUAAAUUUUCAAUUAAAUUGAGAUUAUCCUCUAGUAAAGAGGAAAAGUUAAGAGUCCACAACUCGCAAACGAUAUUACAAGCUAAACGUCACCUGUGUGAUAUCAUAGGCGUAGAACCGCAUCAACAGCGAUGGUAUUUUUAUGGACGCAAACUGGAAGACAAAAUGAAGAUUGAAGAUUCCAAAUUAAGUAAUGGCUAUGUAGUACAAGUCGUUACUGAUGGCAUUCAACCUCCAACGCCUGUUGCUUAA